AUGAAGAAGCUUCUCUCUUGCUCCUUGUUGAGUGGCCUUGUAUUGCCCUUACUAAAUGGUAGAGGCUUACCCUUGCCGAGUGGUAGGCUAGCUCUGUUCGAGUGGCAAGCAUGCUUUACCGAGAGUGGCAUGAGCAAGCGUUCUGAGUGGCAAGCUUUGCCUAGUGAUGCCAAGCUCCUUAUUGAACUUCCGAGUGGUGAAAG